UGUCGGAAUCAACGGAGAAAAGUGUCCUGAUAAAUGCAUAUGUGCAUACUAUUGGAAUCCUUCUAUUUUCGAUAUAAUUUGUUCAAGAACGAAAAUUCCACCAUUGCCCAUUCCGAUUAUUGGAAAUACGAGUCUAAACUUCUGUGGAAAUGAUCUAGAGGAGCUCCCAAAAAACACAUUAAGUGGAUAUAAUGACAUACAAAAAUUAAAUGUAUCCGAUGAUGGAUUAACGAGUCUUAAAAUGGAUCGACAGCCAAAAAUACUGUUUGCUUUGAAAAUCGAUGGUAAGGAUUUAAAGCAGACGGCCAACCCAUGGAUUUAUUGUGAUGACAAUAUUACGAUGGAGUUUCAGCAUAAUAUGUCUCUUCAAGCACUUCUGGCGAGCUCAGCCCAACUUUUACAUUAUAAUUUGAAUGCACCGUGUUCUGAUGGAUGCUCUUGUUGCUUCAACCGCAGCACAGAUUACUUCGCGAUCAACUGUACGCAUUCCGAUAUGCAAUUGUAUCCUGACCUUCCGCAUUCCCUACCCUACAAUGCCACUUUGCAUCUCGAUAAGAACAGAAUUGCCAGCAUUAAACCAUCAUUGGGUCACGCUUCCCUGAGAAAACUGUAUUUGUUUGAGAACCAAAUAGUGGACUUUCCAUUCCACUUGAUUCCCAAGAACAUCACACAUUUGGAUCUUCGAAAAAACAAGCUGGAGGCUCUCGACGAUCAGGUGGUCGAUUUCUUCAGAGACCGUGAGGGAAGCACCAAGCGGAAGAUCGAACUAUCGGGGAAUCCCUGGACAUGCGACUGCAGAGCAAAGUCCUUCCUUUCAUUUCUGAGGCAGAAGGAACCGCUGGAGUAUAUCGCCGCCCUGGAUCGCUGUAAUAUCUUCCCUUCAGGAACGUGUCCGGAGGCCUGCAUCUGCUGUUUGGAUAAUUCUACAGUGCCUUCAUUGCUUAUCGACUGCAAAUCUAAAGGACUCAAAGCAAUACCUUUAUUACCCACGCUGAUAUCUGGAGAAUCGACCCUUCACUUCGAAGGGAAUUUUCUCGAAUCAUUGCCAUCCAAUUCCCUGCCCGGAUAUGCAAAGUUGGCACAUCUAUACCUGGCCAACAAUCGACUAACUGAGAUCGACCAACUUCCUGAGAACAUAAUAACUCUCGACAUAAGAAACAAUAGCAUUUCGUUGCUGAACAAGCAGAUGCGGGACUUCUUCGACAAGAGAUUAGCCGCCAACUCGCAGCUGAAACUCCUACUCUCUGGGAAUCCUUGGACUUGCACUUGCGAGGAGAAAGACUUCCUAUUCUUUGUGAGAAGUUCGAAGUACAUUGAAAAUCUAAAUGAUAUAUACUGCGGUGGAACGGGAAAGGUCCUGAACCUAAUGGAUGAGAGCGAUCUAUGCCCUUCAGGCUUGGUGCACUAUAUGACUGUCGCCAUUUCCUUCAUGAUAAUAAUCUCAACUAUAAACUUGAUUGUUUACUUCAAGCAGCCACUCCUGAUCUGGUUCUACGAGCACAAUGUAUGUAUGAGCCUCGCCGCCCAGCGGGAGUUCGAAAAACAGAAGAAGUUCGAUGCGUUUCUAUCAUUCACCCACAAGGACGAGGAGCUCAUCGAAGAGUUCGUGGAGAGACUGGAGAAUGGCGCGUACAAGUUCCGACUCUGCUUCUAUCUGCGCGACUGGCUCGUGGGGGUGCCCAUUCCCGAGUGCAUCAGCCAAUCUGUGAAGGACUCGAAGCGCGUCAUCAUCCUGAUGACGAACCACUUCCUGAAGUCGACUUGGGGGCGACUGGAGUUCCGCCUCGCUCUGCAUGCCACCUCCCAGGACCGAUGCAAGCGCCUCAUUGUGGUCCUCUACCCCGAAGUGGAGAACUUUGAUGAUCUCGACAGCGAACUGCGCUCCUACAUGGUGCUGAACACGUAUCUCAAGCGAGAUGACCCCAAUUUCUGGAACAAGCUAGUAUAUUCUAUGCCUCAUAUCAAUGUGCAACAAGAACCUGAUCCAGAGGCAAUAGAGCUGUCUGUCAUUAAUCCCUUUUGAAUUUGUAUCUACAAAAUUGUAUCAAAUAGAACAUUUGCCAUCUUAUGAA